CCAACUGAACGGGUUGAAAGCUGAAUCGCGAGACUCUCUUCACGUUAAUAGACAACUGCAUUCUGCACUCCUUGGGUGAGGCUUCAUUUCGUGUGGAUCCUGAAUUUAUCGAUUUGUAAUUUUCCAGGCCAUAGAACAGUCUGGGGCCCCGCUGUCGACGUAGCCUAAGCUGUAGACCGAGUAUAAAGUGCAGGCGGGAUCCCCUCACGAACCGAUGCUCUCACGAUAGCCAACUCCCAGUACGCACUGCACGCAAUUCAAUCGCUCGCCGAUAUUCCUUAAUCGAUCAUGUCCACCAAGGCUCCCUUCAACCUUCGCGCAGCACCGUCGACUGACCUUUGGCGCAUUCCCCCUUCUACAGACCGCAAGAAUGGCAACCUCAUCCAUGCCUCCAACGCCCUGACGUCUCUCAAAUCUGCCACAAUCUCAUUCAAGGCAUCAUAUAUCCAUCAAUUCGACCAAGCAGGCCUCAUUGUUCGCCUCACACAUCCGUCACACCCCUUGCCCAAGUGGAUCAAGACCGGAAUCGAGUAUUUCGAUGGUGAGCCCCGCAUCAGUGUCGUCUGUUGCGAUAACUACUCGGACUGGUCUGUCGCGUCCCUUCCUGCCAGCAUCUCUGAUGCCGUCACCAAGGGCGAACAGGAAAUCACAAUCCGGCUAGAGGUCAAGGAAACCACCGUAUGGAUCUACCGGGUUGGCGAGGACGGCAAGGACGUGCCUCUGAGGGAGAUCGCCUGGCUCUUUGCCGACGGAGGCAAAGGUUGGACAGCGGAGAUUGGUGCUUGCGUUGCUAGGCCGGCUGAGGAGCCUAAGGAUGAGUUUGAAGCUACGUUCACCAAGCUUGACGUACAGUGGAAGUAG